AAAGCAUUUAACACGGAAAGUAUCGUUUAACCUAAAAAAGGAGAAACAGAAGAAAAUUCAUAAGAUAAAGGUAUAAAACUACCGACAGGCGAAACCUCUCCGCCUCCGGUUUCAUCCCCUUAAUUUAGCGAAGGGAAAGAGAAAAGAAGCGGAAGGGAAAGAGAAAAGAAGAGGGAUCCUCUUUAGUCUUUGCUUGAGAAUCUUCUGUUUCGGUUACUGAACAUGUCUGCGGAGGCGGGUGCUGCUGAAAGUAAUAAUAUGAGGGGAGUCCUCACACAUGGAGGUCGAUAUGUUCAGUACAAUGUGUAUGGGAAUCUUUUCGAGGUCUCUACUAAGUACGUUCCGCCGAUACGACCCGUCGGUAGAGGUGCUUAUGGCAUUGUCUGUGCUGCAGUGAAUUCAGAGACCCGUGAGGAGGUUGCCAUUAAGAAGAUUGGUAAUGCGUUUGACAACAGAAUUGAUGCUAAAAGAACAUUGAGGGAAAUUAAGCUUCUGCGUCACAUGGAUCAUGAAAAUAUUAUUGCCCUCAAAGACAUUAUACGACCUCCGCAGAAGGAGAGCUUCAAUGAUGUCUACAUUGUUUAUGAAUUAAUGGACACUGAUCUUCAUCAGAUAAUCCGCUCUAACCAACCAUUAACAGAUGACCAUUGUCAGUACUUCUUGUAUCAGUUGUUGCGAGGACUGAAAUAUGUACACUCAGCAAAUGUCUUGCACCGUGAUCUCAAGCCAAGCAAUUUAUUCUUAAAUGCUAACUGUGAUCUUAAGAUUGGAGACUUUGGACUGGCAAGGACAACAUCUGAAACAGAUUUCAUGACUGAGUACGUUGUUACUCGUUGGUAUCGGGCACCAGAGUUGCUCCUGAAUUGCUCAGAAUACACUGCUGCAAUUGAUAUCUGGUCAGUGGGUUGCAUACUUGGUGAAAUUGUGACACGAGAGCCCUUGUUUCCUGGGAAAGAUUAUGUUCAUCAGUUGAGGCUUAUCACAGAGUUAAUAGGUUCACCUGAUGACGCCAGCCUUGGAUUUCUUCGAAGUGAUAAUGCUCGGAGAUAUGUUAGACAGCUUCCACAAUACCCAAGACAACCAUUUUCUGCUAGAUUCCCCAAUAUGUCUCCUGGGGCUGUUGAUUUGCUAGAGAAAAUGCUUGUGUUUGAUCCAAACAGGCGCAUUACAGUUGAUGAGGCAUUGUGCCACCCAUACUUGGCAUCACUGCAUAAUAUCAAUGAUGAGCCUAUUUGCCCAAAGCCUUUUGUUUUUGAUUUUGAGCAACCAUCAUUCACUGAAGAGAACAUCAAGGAGCUCAUCUGGAGGGAAUCUGUGAAGUUCAAUCCUGACCCAACUUACUAGGGAAUAUGAGAUAGUAUUUAGUACCUGUAUUAUAGAAAGAUGUUGAGAGAAUCAGCUUCCGAGGUUUCAAUGUUACCGUCACAAUCCAUGGAAGAAAAAGAGAUAUAAAACUGCACUAGAGAUGCUGAGAGAUAUAAAAUGUACAAGGAAGCUGAAGCAACUAUGCAGGAUAUUAUGGAUGCCUCGGAAAUAUGAUAAAACUCCAAUUCUGUGUUAAUGGACGUCCUUCCAUGGAGUUGCAAACCAUGUCGAUGUGGGGUAUUUUUUUUUCUAUCGAUAUAAAUUGUGUAUUAGAAUGUUUGGAGCUAUGGAGAAGAUAUUGUGUAAUGUUGCAAGUCUUUUUCACACUUUCUAAUUUUGUCACCUUUAAAUAAAAAUGCUAAUUGGAAGAGUUUCUUUAAUAUGUUGGACAGAGGUUAGUAAUUUCUUGA